AUGGCUGAGGCCAAUAAUCUAGCCACCCAAAACAGUACUACUCCUUCACACAGUCCAGAAGAAGUAGGCCUGAGUCAUGAAUGCCAGGAGAUGCAUGCUUCUUCCCCUCCCAGAACAAGAGUGGAGGAGUGGAUUGAGGAUCCUCUCUACCAACACCAAGGCUUUUGGUUCAUAGAACGCCGAUUAGAGGCAGUGUUGUGGUUCCAGAGCAAUUUCAAGUCUUGUGACCGUGACAUAAUUCUAGCCACUUUGCCAAAAUCAGGUACUACUUGGUUGAAAUCUCUUGUAUUUGCUACUGUGAACCGGACUAAGUACUCGUUUUCUGACAAUCCCUUGCUGACUGCUAACCCUCAUGAACUCGUCCCUUUCUUUGAACUAAAGCUGUAUACAGACAAUCAGCUUCCCAAUCUCAGCAACAUAUCUCAUCCCAGAGUUUUUGCUACCCAUAUUCCUUACCAACUGCUGCCAGAAACCACCAAGAACUCAAACUGUCGAAUCAUAUAUCUGUGCCGCAACCCAAGAGACACAUUCAUCUCUUCCUGGCAUUUCGUGAACAAGUCAUCGAGGCGUGAAUCUCUUGGGCCUCUUUCGUUGGAGGAAGCUUUCGAGUGGUUUUGUAAUGGGGUUAUCCCGUUUGGACCCUACUGGAAUCAUUUGUUGGGGUAUUGGAAUGAGAGCUUAACAAGGCCUCGGAAUGUUCUGUUUCUGAGGUAUGAAGAACUCAAGGAAGAUAUUGUGUCUCAGCUGAGGAGGAUUGCAGACUUCUUGGGAUGCCCUUUUUCUCUGGAGGAAGGAAGACAAGGCGUGAUAGAAGAAAUCGUAAGACUCUGUAGUUUUGAAAGCUUGAGAAAUUUGGAGGUGAAUAAGACGGGGUGUUUCAUUCCUGGCUAUGAAAGUAAUUCACUGUUUAGGAGAGGUGAGGUAGGAGAUUGGAUGAACUAUCUGACGCCUCCAAUGGUGAAAAGGUUAGACCAACUCAUGCGGGAAAAAUUGAGCGAUUCAGGCCUAGAAUUCGAUGGGUAUUAUUCCCUACUCCCCAAGUAG